GGUUUUUGGGACACUUCAGGAAUCUUCAUUGACUCCAGAUGUUUUCACAGUUGCUGUGAAAGAGCGCGGCCCUGACAACGGUAUUUAUUUUUGCAUCUUGUAAUUUAUGGCUGAACUACAUUCGCAAGAGAUGAACAAUGAGCGCAUUGUUGCGGGAUUGUUAAAAUGACUCUACGAGCUGAGGAAAGCGAUGGAAGAGGAAAAGGCAGAGCUUUUAUUUUCUCUUCAGGAAGUUCAAAACCGCUACGUUUGCAGAGCUGAAACGGACUUGUGGAUGGAAGAGAAAAACUACCUCCGCUCCGUCAACCUUUGAACCGUCCUUUACUACAAAGUCACAAGACAAAGCUCGUACAGUUUCCCGAAUGUCUACUCCCCAGCGAAGCCCAGGCGGUGUUAAAAAUCUGAUGAACUGAUACUACAUGCGGAUUAAAAGCUUUGGAGGGGGACAAACAAACCAACUCGAGGCAAGGGAGAGAAUAUCUGGAAGUGCUCCUGUCUGCAUGAGCUGAAAACGGAAAAGGAGAGAAUAACAAAGGUGUUCAGAAGAGAGAAUACAAAAAGGAAAGAGGAGAAAGAGCUACAGCUACAAAAACACUAACAAACAAACAAACAUGUCAUCUGUUCAUUUCAGUCCAGGGUCAGAUUCCAAAGAAGUUAAUGGAAUCGACAAGAUCGACAAGAUGGACGAUGCUAAGGUAGAGAUCGACGAUGGAAAGGAUGUGAGGGAUGAUCCCGACACCAUGUACCAUCUCAUCCGGAGAAAGAUCGCCCCUUUUGUCAUGUCGUUUGGAUUUCGUAUGUUCGGGAUUGUGCUGAUCAUAGUGGACAUUGUGCUGGUGAUCGUGGACUUCUCUCUGGCCAAGAGCGCACAUAUGGGAGAUAUUCUGGAGGCAGUGUCCCUCGCCAUCUCCUUCUUCUUCCUCUUUGAUGUUCUGCUGCGCAUUUACGUGGAGGGGUUCCGAGUGUACUUCAGCUCAACGUUCAACAUCAUAGACGCCUGUAUCGUCAUCAUCACCCUGGUGGUCACCAUGAUCUACACCUUCACUGAGCUGACCGGAGCCAGCCUCAUACCACGGGUGGUGACAUUCCUGCGUGCUCUAAGGAUCGUGAUUCUGGUGAGGCUCUUCAGACUGGCGUCUCAGAAGAAGGAGCUGGAGAAGGUCACCCGGAGGAUGGUCUCGGAGAACAAAAGACGUUACCAGAAGGAUGGAUUCGAUCUCGAUCUGACCUAUGUCACAGAUCGCAUUAUUGCCAUGAGCUUCCCCUCUUCUGGAAAGCAAUCUUUCUACAGGAAUCCCAUUGGAGAAGUUGCCAGAUUCUUGGAUGCCAAACAUGAAGACCACUACAAAGUCUACAACCUGUGCAGCGAGAAGGGCUACGACCCCAAGUUCUUCCACUACCGGGUGGAGAGGGUGUUCAUCGAUGACCACAAUGUCCCCUCGUUGGAGGACAUGCUGAAAUACACGGCCAACGUAAGGGAGUGGAUGGCUGCAGACGAUAAAAACAUAAUUGCCAUUCACUGCAAAGGAGGCAAAGGAAGGACGGGUACCUUGGUGUGUACCUGGCUGAUUGACAGUGACCAGUUUGAUAGUGCACAGGACAGUCUCGACUACUUUGGGGAGAGGAGAACAGACAAGAGUCACAGCUCGAAGUUCCAGGGCGUGGAGACUCCCUCUCAGAGCAGAUACGUAGGCUACUAUGAGGUCAUGAAGUCCAAGUUCAACAGACAGCUGCCUCCUCCACAGAGCCUCAAGAUCAAGAGCAUUCGUAUCCACUCCAUCGCUGGUGUUGGAAAGGGGAAUGGCAGCGAUCUGAAAGUGAAGAUCAUAGUGAGGAAGGAGUUGGUGUUCCAGUGUGUGUGUGCCAAACAGGAGAACUGCAAGGUGUUCCCUGACGUGGGCAGCAAUGCGGUUGUCAUCAGCCUGCAGGACGGACCAGUGGUCAGCGGAGACGUGAAGGUCAUGUUUGAGUCCAGCGCCGGUCUGCCUAAGGGCUACGAGGACUGCCCCUUCUACUUCUGGUUCAACGCGUCGUUCAUAGAGGAUAACAGGCUCUUCCUGUCCAGAGAGGAGUUGGAUAACCCCCACAAAGCCAAGACCUGGGACCUGUACAAGGAGGACUUUGGCGUCACCGUCGUUUUCACAGCGCCUGAAUAGUGUGGAAAGAUUGGGAGCGAGGUGGCGGGCGGUUCUCAGACAGCCCUGCACGUCCCCCAAAACUGCUUUUACUCUCCCUGUUGAUGUCAAAGCACAGGAUAGUGGAAAGGAAAAGUGCUCGAUGGUUGACAAUUUGUUUUGGUCAGUGCUGCUUCAUGUCAUGCGAUGCCACACUAGAUUGAGAUGCACUGACGAUCAGUUUGUCCACCUCACAACAGCAAUAUUUCACCUUCCUUCAACCUUUCUUUUGAUAUUUCAAAUAGCUAUCUGAUAUGAGAGGACUGUGAUUGGCUAGUCUACACUCCUAUCAGAGAGAACAAGGAAGGGCCCACACGUUGAAUCCCUCAAUAUGAAGUUUAAUUGCACUGUGCCAUAGACCACUCCUGUUUAUUUGCAUUACAUUUGUACCUGUAUUUCUGAAGGGACCAUGGAGGAUUAAGUGAGCUGGAGUCUUAGUAUUGUUGGACAGAAUAACUGAUUGCUGUGAGGAUUAGCAGAAAUUAAUGUUUACCCUCAAUGUCAUUUGUUCAUUCUUCACUGUACUGUUGAAUAAACCAAAAAGUAAUUUG